AUGAUAAAAUUAGCAGGCUGUUUAGCUCCAUUCUAUCAAAUGGGUACAUUUGUUUGUAUUGAUUCAAAUAACAAUGAUAAAUUCACGAAAAACCUAAAGCGAUAUCGUGGUAAAUCAGAUGUAUCAAUUACAUUAACCAACAGUGUAGAUAAUCUCUUUGUCAAUAAUAGUUGUAAAUAUUGUUUAACAUUGACUGGAACUGACGUCAAUCCAGGUUUCAUAGUAUAA